AAUCUUCUGGAGUAAUUUACAUUGGAAGUGGUCCAGCGUAGGCGAGACCCAUCGAAGGAUCGUCAGGGGCACGCGUAGGCAAAAUUCAAACUGGGACUGAAGGUUGUAGGAGGUGGGGUUUUCCUUGUAUUCAAACUCACGCUCAUCUCCACAUUCGCUGAGAACCUGUUACUUCACCCGGUUCGAUCUUCAAACACGGUCAUUCUUCGUUCGAGGCUACUAAAAAAAUGGAAUACUUGCAGACCGCAGUUUUGCUUCUUCUUUCGCUAUUCGCAAUUACUAACGGUGGAUAUUAUCACUCCAAGAUAUUGUCACCUGACAAUAUUGGCUGUGAAACAUAUACUUGUGGAGUUAACGCAAGAUGUACUGUUAGCGAAGGCAGACCAGUUUGUUCUUGUAUGAAUUUGCACAUGGGGGACCCUCUUUCCCGCUGUAUCAGGGUGGAAUGUUUAAUAAAUGAGGAUUGCAUUGGAAGCAGAGUAUGUACUAAUAACAGAUGCAUAGAUGCCUGCGAUGGUUUGUGUGGCGUGAACGCGUUAUGCAAAACCAAAAAUCACAUUCCAACGUGUUAUUGUCCUACGGGACACACGGGAGAUCCUUUCACCUCUUGCCGUGUAGCUGACCCUCAGGCUGCCUGCAAGCCGAGUCCUUGUGGAGCUAAUACCAAAUGCGAAGUAGUGAAUGAGGUUCCUGUUUGCAGUUGCCUUCCGGGUUAUAGAGGAUCUCCUUUAACUGGUUGCCGCCACGAGUGCGAAAGUGACAGUGAAUGUCCGAAUCAUCUUGCCUGCUCGUCUAAUUUCAGAUGUGAAAAUCCAUGCCAAUGCGGUGAGAAUGCGGAAUGUCACGUUAUUAAUCAUCAAGCCAUGUGUAGUUGUCCAACCAACUGGUUGGGAAAUGCGUUCGUAGCCUGUCGUCCGGAAUGUACCACGCACUUAGAGUGUUCAGGGAACAAACCAGCUUGUCUAAAUCAGAAAUGCGUGAACCCUUGUGACGGAGUAUGUGGUGUGAACGCAGAUUGCAGUGUGCGAGGCAUAACUCCAGUUUGUAGUUGCCCAAAACACAUGACUGGCAAUCCUUUCGUUAGCUGUAGAUUAUUCGAAGCACGAGAUCUGUGUGAACCUAAUCCUUGUGGAACCAAUGCAAUUUGUACUCCUGGCCAUGACAACACUGGGAAGGAAAGACCAAUAUGCACGUGUCCCUCAGGAUAUAUAGGAAACGCCCUGACUAGUUGUCAACGUGGAGAAUGCUUCACUGACAGUGAAUGUCCAGAUAAUAAGGCGUGCAUUGACUACUCUUGCCAAAAUCCUUGCACUGGGAAAGAAUGUGGACCAUCAGCUACUUGCACACCCAGGCGCCAUAUCGCGGUGUGUACUUGUCCGGAUGGGACUCGUGGAGAUGCUCUUUUCACUUGCAAUCCAAUUGAUAGUAGAGCGGUAUACAAUUAUGGCAGGGCUUAUAGAUAUCAUUACUACUGAAAAUCAAAAUUAAUCGUAAUUAAUUUCACGGAUAUUUUCUGUAUAGUGUUAUUACAGGGUUAAUUUUGAAGAGAGUAUAUAUUUAUUAAUGUCAUUAAUUAGUUAAACUAAAAAUGUACAUAAUUGACUAUAUGAAAUAAACAUGAUCAAGGCAGUUUAUCAA